GAGGGGCAUCCACGUACACUUUCACAAUCAUAUGAACAGAUGUUUGACGCCCGUGCCACUGAUGUCCAUAACAGUAGAUGGAAAAUAUAUUCUUUUAUAGAAACGUUACAUACUUUAGAAAUAGCCAGAUAGAGAAUUAGUAUCCUCGUCUCCUCCAAACUCAAAGUGGACUUUUCUGCGAGAUGAGGAUGAACAAAAUUUUCCUCUAGAUCGUUAGGCACGCCGCCCAUGUUUAGGCUUCACGCGUCCGUUCCGAUCACUGCCACGCCAGUGCAUUAAUCUUCGUCCACCUGCGAUCCCAAAUCUCCCCCCACACCUAUCGUUUUCCACGCUCCCUCCGUCUCGGUCCCUUUAACCUCGCAAAACCCAAAAACCCCCGUAUCUCUCUCCCUCUCUUCACCUCGCGGAAUCGACAUGACAUGGAGUUCCAAUACCGCGCCGGCGACGAGCGCAGCAGCCGGUCCCCGCCUCCUCCCACGCCCUCGCCACCAGCGGCGCCGAGUACUUCCGGCUCGGAGUCGGCAGAUGCCCACGGCGGCGAGGACGGCCCGGCAGAGCGCGUGAGGGAUGCGGCCCUGGUGCCGUGGCAGGCCCCUCCGCUCCCGCCGCCGGAUGUGGCGGCGGCCGACUCCGCCGACGAGCUGCGGCGCCAGGCGGAGAAGGCGAGGAUCAGGGAGCGGAUCCUGCGGGAGGAGGCGGAGCACUUGGGUCUGGAGCUGGAGGUGCGGCGCGAGAUCAGGGAGGACCUUCUCCGCCUCUCGUGGCCCGCGUUCGGGCGCUCGGCGGGGGGAUCCUCGGGCCCGCCGGCGAGGAUCGUCUCCGGCAACGCGACGCUGCCGGUUGCCACGCAUGAUGAGGUCCACCCCAGAGCAAACGGACUGGUGGCCUCACCGGCCAAGCGGAAAAGCCCAGAUCAUGUGGCCGCAGCAUCCAUAGUAUCAGCAGGGACAAGCAGCAAGAAACAGAAGAUCACAUUAACCUGCAUGGUAUGUGACAUCUCGACAAACAGUGAGAAGGGCAUGCAAGACCACCUCAACGGGAAGGUGCACAAGAAGAAGGCCACAGCCCUUCUGGAGCUGCCAAAGCCAAUGACAGAACCAGAGUCAGAGACAGGGGAGGAGGUGUUGGUGCCAUCGGGUGACUACACGCCGACUAAGAUCACGAUGCUAACGAAUGCUGGAGCGCUGAAUGAGGUGGUGCAGAUGGACGGGUACCUUCUCUGUGAGGUGUGCAACGUGAGGACGGCAGACCGCGUUACCAUGAUGUGCCACCUUGAAGGGAGCAAACACGUCUCCAAGAGACAGAAGUAUGGCCAAGCCUGCAGCAAGCCACCGGAUGAGGCUGCAAAGAUGGUCGUGAAAGGUGUGUCUGUGCCAGAAGCUCCCACAACUGCUGUUGGCAGCGCUGAUCCUGAAACGCUGGUUCUGGAAUUGCACGGUGUGCCACACACCGUGCGGCGGUUGAAAGGUUUGCUGCUAUGUGAACUGUGCAAUGUGAGGACCCCAUCGAUGAAUGGCAUGAAGAAUCAUCUGUCGGGGAAGAAGCACAAGAAUAAGGCAAAAGCUAGCUCUGAUGUCUCUGCCAACGUCUCUAAAGGUGGAGAGGAAGCACCCAAAGCACAACCGAUGGAAAUAGACACAGCUGCUGUCGCUGGCAUGUCGGUUCAGGUGGAAGUGCCACUGGCAAUGUCCUUGGAAGCAAAGGUUGGUGAUGACAGUGAGCAGCAAGAAACAACUAAGGCUUCCACAAAAGAAGACACCACUGGGGACAGUACCAAGGCUCUUGGAAAAAAUGUCAUGAAGGCCAGUGGAAGUACUGCUGCAGCCCAGGACCAUAAUGUCUGUGACCCUGACUCGCUGACCAUGGAAGUAGAUAGUUUGCACCAUCCUCUACAGCGGGUAAAUGGCUUCCUCGUCUGCCCUUACUGCGGUGUUAAGACACCAUCUGAGAUCAUCAUGCGGUCUCACCUUGCUGGGAAGAAGCACAGGCGCAAUAGGACACUCGCUGCAGGAAUAAACAAGGACGCCUCUGUUCUUGCCGAAGGGGCUGAUGAGGUGCCAGGCAACAGCUCAAAGUCUACGGAAGUCAAUGUAGAUGUAGAUUCAGCACCAUCACCAGUGACGCGAGCAAAAAACGAUGCCACCAUGGCGCCCAUGGUAGUUGAUAGAUUGGCAGAUGAUAAACCUGUUACUUGCAUUGAACAUGCAGAGCAAGGUGAGAUUACUGGGGAGCAAAGCGAGAGCUCAAAGUUGGUGAAAGCUGACGAAGAGGCAGAAUCAGUGCUGUCAUUGACAGCUCCACAAAUGAAAAACGAUGCCGCCAUGGCACCCAUGGAAGUAGAUGGGACGGCAGAGGUUGAACCUGCUAUACACAUGGAGCCUGUGGUGAAUGGCGGGAUUGGUGAAGAGGUAGAACCAGCACCACAAGCGGCAGAUGCUGCUGCGAUGGCUCCCAUAGAAGGAGAUGGACCUGCAAAGGUUCAACCUGCUACUGGCAUUGAACCUGCAGAGGAUGGAGAGCACGCAUCGGCCCGAGCCAACGGCUCUGUGACCCAAGAGGAGGAAUCCAUGAAGAAGGCCGAAACUACUGCGCCUGGCAAACCAAUGAGGAUCCAGGUGGAGGGCAAGGUGUUCCCCGUGCUGCAGCAGGAGAAUGGUGGGCUCUCGUGCGAGACCUGUGGCGUGCACGGCUGCAACAAGGACAGCAUAAUUCUGCAUCUCUACACUAGGACGCACUGGGACAGAGCCAAUGUUGCAGAGGAGAAAGAGCGAGAGGCUGCGGCCGCAUCCUGCGGUGGUGGAUAAUGACAGGAAUUGGAGCACAGUGCAGCUGGAGAUGGCUCAGGUGGAGCACCGACGACUAUAUUGGUGUAUAUGUCUGAGAUCAAAUUAUCUGGAUGUCGCAAAUAGACUAAUCUAGUACUAUUCCUUGAGACACCACCCCGGCAUGUGGCUAUAUUGUUACUAGCGCUGGUAAACAUGGAACUGGCAAAAUUUACCCUGUUCAUCCGUACACAGUCAUAGGUCACCCCUUUGCUUUUGGUUUUUUGUUAUAUAUUUCUUGUUUGAUGA